AUGAUCAAUUAAAUUAGAGAUGAAUAGCCUCCUUUAAAUUUGAUUAGACCACCUCAACUUGGAGCAUUCCAAGGUCCUCGUAUAGCUGAAUCUAUAAUCAAUCAAUAACCUAAUGGGAUUGGAGGUGGUAUUGAUAAUACUAGACAAUAUUGGAAUGAGAAGGAGUAGAAUUGGCUGAGAUUGAGUGUGAAUUUGAAUCCUUUGGCAUUUGCAAAUUAUGAACUUUUCAAAAGUGCAAAUAUGGAUAUUUCUGAAUCUCCAAAUCCAGUCUAAUGUGUGUUGUGCUUCAUCAUAAAAUUCAUCAUUCUCAUUCUCUAUUUCUUAACUCCUUACUACCAAACAAUGAAGCUAUACGAAACCAUAGUUAUAUUGGGAGCAGUAGAUUUUUGGAUAAUCAAAAACAUUAGAAAAUUAGUUGGACUACGUUGGUGGGUUGAAAUAAACGAUUUCGGAAAUGAGAGUUGGGUUUUUGAAACUUCAACUUAAGAGAAAGGAGAAGUACAAAGGAUUCAUAGUAGAAUAUUUUGGUUUGUGUAGUUAUUUAUGUUUUUGAUGUUCGUUGGGAUGUUUAUAAUCAAUGCAUCAUAAUUACAAAUAAGUGUUUCAAUAUGUAUGUUUUUCCCAGCUGCAUUCACGGGAUAUAACUUAUAUGCUUUUAAUUUGUGUAAUAAAAUAAAGAGAUCCAAAUUGGGGGAGUCAUUUUUGUAAAUGAGUGCUGGAAGAAAGUCAGUCAAAAUGCCCUUAAAAUUAGAAUGA